UCGGCAACGGGUACCCGAAGACCCCUCUCGGCAGGCCUCAACUUCGGCACAAGUAUAUCUGGAAGCCGACUCCCCUCUCACACCAGAGAUCACUUCGGAACCUGUACCGGGGAAAGUUAAAGUCCCUCAAAUUGGGUUAUAUGAUGGAACUUCAGACCCCGACUCACACCUCGGUCACUAUACUUCGUGGAUGGAUCUGCAUGGGGCCUCAGACGCACUUCGGUGUCGUAUGUUUUCUCUCACGCUGGGGCCUCGGGCCCAAAAAUGGUACCAUUCUCUUCCUCCUCACUCUAUUUGGAAAUGGAAACAAUUGAGGUCGGCCUUCCGAUCUCAUUUCAUCGGGGCCCAAGUCUGUCUAAUUCCAAAAGAAUCUCUUGCAAAUGUAACACAAAAAGAUGAUGCAAGUGUCAAGGACUACAUCGCCCAAUUUAAUGACCGAGUUCAGAAUAUGGAGCCUUGUCAUCCUGAAACCCUGCUUGUCAUGGCUAUUGUCGGGCUGAAACUGAAUUCGAUUUUCCGCUGGGCAUUGUGUCAAAAUAAGCCAAACACCUUUCAAGAAUUUCUUGCUCGAGCGCAGCAACACAUCAUAGCUGAGGAAGCCAUGUCGGUCCCCGACUUUAAUUUUAAUCCAAAGUCAUCCAAGGCGGGAACUGACGAGAAAAAGAAAAAUAAGUUUUUUGAAAAGCAGAACAAGACUCAGUUCAGAGGGCCUCCCCAAGGAUAUCCCAACGAUCCUGAAUUACGAGCAGCCCAAAAACAGUAUUCCACCGAUGUAAAAUCGGUUAUCAGACCGUAUAUUCAACUGGGGCUGCCACCAUAUACGAAGAAAUCAAAGGGAAAG